AUGUCGGACCAGUCAACCUUUGACACGGACGUGUGGACGCUGACCCGUUUCGUCACGGAGACGGGACGGCAGGCCAAGGGGGCCACGGGUGAGCUGACCCAGCUGCUCAACGCCAUCAUGACCGCCAUCAAGGCCAUCUCCUCGGCCGUGCGAAAGGCAGGCCUUGCACACUUACAGGGUAUGGCGGGCUCCGUCAACGUGACGGGGGAUGACGUGAAGAAGCUGGACGUGCUGUCCAAUGACCUGGUAGUCAACAUGUUGAAGGCCUCUUACAGCACCUGCUGCAUGGUCUCCGAGGAGGACAAGGAUCUCAUCGUUACGCCCAAAGACAAGAGGGGUAAGUACGUGGUGUGUUUUGACCCUCUAGACGGCUCGAGUAACAUCGAUUGUCUGGCUUCCAUCGGCACCAUCUUUGCCAUCUACAAACGAGUGACAGACGGCGAGCCCACCGAAGAGGACGCCCUCCAGCCGGGCAGCAACAUAGUGUGCGCGGGUUACGCCCUGUACGGCAGCGCCACCCUGGUGGCCCUCAGCACCGGUGCCGGCCUCCACUUUUUCAUGCUCGACCCGGCCAUCGGCGAGUUUAUCCUGACGGAGAGGAACGUGAAGAUCAAACCCAGGGGGAAGAUCUACAGCUUGAACGAGGGCUACGCCAAAUACUUCCACCCUUCAGUAAAUCACUAUAUUGAGCACAAGAAGAACCCUGAGGACGGUGGCACCCCAUACGGCGCGCGCUACGUGGGCUCUAUGGUGUCCGAUGUGCACCGCACCAUCACGUACGGCGGCAUCUUCAUGUACCCGGCCAAUCAAAAGAGUCCGGAAGGAAAGUUGCGUCUGCUGUACGAGUGCAAUCCGAUCGCUUUCCUGGUGGAGCAGGCAGGGGGCGUGGCCACCACCGGUGCCCAGAGGGUCUUGGAUGUGCAGCCCCGGGCACUCCAUCAACGGGUGCCCUUUGUGGUGGGCUCUCCCGAUGACGUAAACGAGUAUUUGGCUUUUGUAAACAAGUACCAGUAG